UGUCCAAUAAGAAACAAAUACAAAAUAUUACGAUUCUUCGUGAAAUACAAAAUAUAAAAUCUCAGGAACAUUUGUGACCGCGUGCUCAAAUCAAAGUAAGCGCCGCCUCUGCUGUGUUCACUCAUAUUCAAAUAUUCAUAUACAUGAUUCAAUUUCGGGCAACAACCGCGUAAUCUUAUUCAUACAACUUUAAACACUGCUCUUUUGGUGGGAUUCGUUAUGAGUGGCCAAAUAUCUCCCGGAAUUAGAAAAAAAUGGGCCAUCAUCGCAGCCGGACUCGGUUUCUUUUACGUCCUGGUCCGACACAGACAAUCCGUGUUGGGCCUGUUGCGUCGCAGGCUACAAUUUAGUGGCAGCCACCAGUUGACGCUGCAGCAGAAACGCAUCGAAGUGAUUAGUUCCGUUCAUGACUCGCAACGCGUUCUCAACGAGCUUAAAACACACUGCCAGUCCUUUAAAGUACUCGGAUUUGACUGUGAAUGGAUCACAGUUGGAGGUAGCCGUAGGCCGGUGGCAUUGCUCCAGUUGAGCUCACAUCAGGGACUGUGUGCGCUGUUCCGACUGUGUUGUAUGAAGCAGAUACCCAAGGAUUUGCGUGAGCUGCUCGAAGAUGACAAUGUGAUCAAGGUGGGAGUGGCUCCACAGGAUGAUGCCAAGAAAUUAUCACUCGACUAUGGCGUCGGCGUCUCAAACACAUUCGAUCUGCGUUUCAUGGCUGUUAUGGCUGGUCACCAGGCAGAAGGUUUGGGAAAGCUGGCAAAGACACAUCUCAACUUUACGCUAGACAAGAACUGGCGAUUGGUCUGCUCCAACUGGGAGGCACCACAACUGGAACCAGUGCAACUGAAUUAUGCUGCCAAUGAUGCGCUUGUUGCCGUCGCCAUUUUUCAGAAACUUUCCAGGGACUUGGAGCCAAGAAACUUCUGGGACUGGCGCCCAUUACAAUUCCAACAGUUGCGUCCUAUUGAGCCAUUCCUGGACGUGGAUUUCAGCAAGGGAUACGCUACUGGCAUCUCCAAAGAGCGUGUAAGCUCGGGAACACCAUCACAUCCCCUGACGGGCAAGGCAAAGCAACAGAAGAAGCAGCAGUGCCGCAAUCUUGGCACCCAAUUGAAAGCCUUCUACGACAACUGUCUGCUGGAGGCGCCGGAUGGCGAACUGCUCUGCACCAUAGAUCGUCGCAAGGCGUCCUGGUAUCUGAACCAAAGUCUGGGCACGCAAAUCUCCGAACAACCCUUUACAGUCAGGCUUAACUUUGAACCAGCUGGUCGAGCUGUGGGCGAGGUUGGACGUUAUUACCAGACGCCCAAGGAGAAUCAGUGCGUGGUCUGCGGGAGACGAGAUGCAUACAUAAGGAAGAACGUGGUGCCACGUGAAUAUCGCAAGCACUUUCCAGUGGUCAUGAAAUCGCACACUUCACACGACAUUCUGUUGUUGUGUCCCAGCUGCCAUCAGCUGAGCAAUAUCUCGGAUAACAAGAUACGCAAUCGCCUAGCUGUCAGCUGCGAUGCACCGUUUAAGCACAAGGAUGGCAUGGUUAAAUAUCACGAAGAUCGGCAGCUGCGAAGCGUUAAAUCAGCAGGCAAGGCUCUGUUGCAGCAGGUGGAUCGCAUUCCAGCCGAAAAAGUUACACAAAUGCAAAAGACAAUCCUGGAUUAUUUCACUGACGAAGACUCGAUUACACAGGAGCUGCUAAGAAAGGCAGCCACUUUAGACUGCAAAGUAGAGAACGAAGACUUUUGUCAGCACGGCAAAAAAGUAGUCGACAUGUAUUGCGAUAAGUUUGGCGGUCUCAUUGAGCUGGAGCGCAUUUGGCGUGAACACUUCUUGCACACAAUGCAGCCCAAGUAUUUGCCCCAACUGUGGAAUGUUAAUCAUAAUGCUGAUCGUCUGGAGGUGCGCGCCAAUGAGGGUCGCGUGGACAAUGCAGAUUUGGUUGUCGCAGGUCUGGAAUCGGUUGUUAAUUCGAAGAUAACAUAGCAGUGUAUUCGUGAGUUGUUACGUAUUUGGCAUACGUAUUUUAUUAAAAUAAAUUUAUUGGCAUUUGAAUUAGCUAUAGAAAAGAGAGA